AUGUAUGCAGGACCAAGACCACCAUAUGUGCCUUAUGCUGCAUCUCGGCGUCGUGCCCACCGUAGAGGUUAUCCACGACCAAUAGGUCCUCGACCCGGAGGAGUUGCAGUCGUACCAGUUGGAGCAGGAGCUGGUGGAGCUGGUAUUCUCGCAGCCAUUCUUGGGCCUAUUGGUGGUCUUACUGGAUGUUUAUGCUGUCUGAAUACCAUCGGUAUUUGGGGUCUUUUCAUCACGGCUAUUCCAUUGACUGUCUUUAUCAGUCGAUGGCUCCGCGAUUAUAGAAAUCGUAAUGGCUUAAACGGUGCCAGCGAACUUCUUGCUCCUCAAUUGCUUCUUCUUGUAUUGCUCGUAUGUGCUAUAGCCGCUGCUCUCGGCCCAGUUGGUCUUCUUUCAGCAUGUGCCUGCUGUUUAAUUGUUGCUGCUAUUUGGGGCCUCUUUGCCACAAUGAUUGCCUUGGCUGUUUAUACGAGACGGUGGGCAAAUGCAGUAAGACAGGCCAACGGUUUAAUCAAUGAAGGUUUACAUUUGGUUAUUAGCCAAGCUCUGCUUAUUGGAAUUCUAUGCGUAUAUGGCUAUAUUGGACUCCGGCGAGCAUUGCGCUCUGCUGCUUAA